AUGUYGAAAUCUUUUCUAGACCAUUUGCCGGAGCCUCUUAGCGAGAAAAUUGGCCUUGUCGUGAGGGCAUUGCCGAGCUCAUUAGAAACAUUCGAAGAAUUGUAUAAUUAUGCAUUGGAUGAAACUAGCAACCGCAAAAAUGGACAGCAUAAAAAGCCCAAGUUGCAUAGCUCUCCAGAUGAACUUAAAAUAGAUGUGAUUUCAGAGGCAAACACCAUUUUCAAAUUAGAAGGUGUUUCUGUACUGUCACCACUAAGGAAAAAACUUGAUUUGGUUUUCUAUCUUUCUAAUAUUGAUGGAUCUCCAGUAAUAACGUUCCUAAAAGGAAACGAUAGAGAACUGACCAUUUACCAACUAAACAGCAACAUUAAGAUGGCUUCUUUCUUGCCAGUGCCAGAAAAACCCAAUCUGAUAUACCUUUUCAUGACAUAUACGGCAUGUGCAGACAACAAAUUUUCUGAUCCUGUGUUAAUGACCUUAAAUAAAGAGAACACACUGAAUCAAUUCAAGAAGUUAGGACUUCUCGACUACAAUGCAAUAGAUUUCGAUAAGUGCGUUGAGUACAUGAGGAAACAAGCGAUCUUGACAGGUUUCAAAAUCUCAAACCCAUUUAUCAACACUAAUGCGGCCGAUACAGAACUGAUAAGCUCAUUCCACGUGGAAUGUCAUAGAGGUACUAAGGAAGGUACAUUAUAUUUCCUACCCGAUAAUAUAAUAUUCGGGUUUAAAAAGCCUAUCCUAUUGUUUGACGCUUCAGAUAUCGAAUCUAUAACAUAUUCAUCCAUCACUAGAUUGACAUUCAACGCCACUUUAGUAACAAAGGAUGGUGAAAAGUACGAAUUUUCGAUGAUAGAUCAAACAGAGUAUGCCAAAAUUGACGAUUACGUUAAAAGGAAACAAAUGAAGGAUAAAUCGAUGUCUGAGGAAUUAAAGGCUAAAUCUAAAAAUAAAGCUCAGCAGCUAACUGAUGGUGAAACCGACCAGCCAUCUAUCUUACAAGAAGCCACUCGUCAAAUGCAAGAUGAAAAAAAGACAGAAAUGUUCUCCGAUGACGAUGAGGAAAAUGAUCAAAAUUUUGAAGCUGAAAGUGAUCUUUCCGAUGGUAGUGGCCAAGAAUUCUCAGAUGGCGCAGAGGAUGGAACGGAAGCUGAAGAGGAAGAGGAAGAAGAAGAGGAAGAGGAGGGAGAUGAUAACCAUGAAGACGACAACGGCAACGAAAGAGAACGCACUGCGUCUCACACUGAUAAUAACACUAUGCUUAUAAAUAAUGAAGUGGGUCAGGAACUUCAAUAUAAAGAAUUCAAAGAAACCUUAGAGCUCGAGGACAUUCCCAUCGAAAUUGACAACGAUGAUGAGGAGGAGGGAUCAGGCGUAGAAUACGAUUGA